GGGUCUUACGUCGCCGCGCCCGGGGGCGGGGGGUGGGAGACUGGGCAGCGCCGCGCCUGCGCAGAAGGGCUGGCGGGCGGGGGCGCUCAGGGCACCUGGUCGGCGAGUUCCCGGCCGGAGGUGUAUCUCCAUGAAUAACUUAAAUGACCCCCCAAAUUGGAAUAUCCGGCCCAAUUCCAGGGCUGAUGGAGGUGAUGGAAGCAGAUGGAAUUAUGCCCUGUUGGUUCCAAUGCUGGGACUAGCUGCUUUUCGCUGGAUUUGGUCUCGGGAGUCGAGAAAAGAAAUAGAAAAGGAGAGAGAAGCGUACCGUCAGAGGACGGUUGCCUUCCAGCAGGACCUUGAAGCCAGGUACCAUGCCACAAUUGCAGAAAGCCGGCGGGCCGUGGCACACUUGUCCCUGGAACUUGAAAAGGAGCAGAACAGAACAACUAGUUACCGAGAAGCCCUCAUCUCUCAGGGGCGCAAGUUGGUGGAAGAGAAGAAACUUCUGGAACAGGAGCGGGCUCAGGUCCUGCAGGAGAGGAGGCAGCCCUUGCGGAGUGCGUACCUGCGCUGCCUGGGCCAGGAGGAGGACUGGCAGCGCAGGGCCAGGCUCCUGCUGAGCGAGUUCGAGGCCGCGCUCACCGAGAGACAGAGCAUCUACUGCAGCCUGGUGCUCCCGCGCCGCAGGCGGCUCGAGCUCGAGAAGAGCUUGCUGGUCCGCGCGUCCACUGACCCGGUGGCCGCAGACCUCGAGAUGGCAGCUGGCCUCACUGACAUAUUUAAGCACGAUACGCACUGUGGUGACGUCUGGAACACCAACAAGCGCCAAAACGGGAGGCUCAUGUGGCUGUAUCUCAGAUACUGGGAACUAAUCGUUGAACUGAAGAAGUUUAAGCAGGUAGAGAAAGCCAUACUGGAAAAGUAAGACAGGAGUGAACGGCUCCAGGUCAGAGUCAUGGGUUGUGGGUUUUCCGAUGUUCGCUGCUCCUCCUGCCAGCGCUCCCUAGUUGUGACCGUGCAUGCACACCGCCACCUCUUAGCAGCGGCCAUUCCCGUCACCCUCUGAGGAGGACAGCAAGGCCUCUGUCCCCUGCAGCAGCUAAGGACACAGUCUCAGAAGCAGGUCAAUAUUUUAUUAAGCAGGACAGGAUAACCUCAUAGCUUUAGAGUAAAAUUGUUUUUAAGAAUAUCAAAUACAGUGUUCACCCUAUAAGUCAUUCUGUCACUUCCUAAAUAAGUUCUGUUUUCUCCUCAAAUUAUUUUUCUCUCUCCUAAAACUACAGUUAGAAGUUGUCAGGUAGCGGUGAGGACUGCCUCACAGAUGGGAACAGACGGUGGUGACGCCAGCAAGGUUUCGUGGUCUGAAUCCCAUCAGUGUUUCUGCUUUCCACUUGAUAACCCUUGUGGGUGUUUGGAGUUUGCUGUGCCUGUAUUCAGUAAGCAGAUACUGUUUAUUUAGGUUGGUGCAAAGGUAAUUGUGGUUUUGCAUUGUUGAAUUUUGCCAUUUGAUAUUGAAAUACAUUCUUAAAUAAAUGAAGUUAUGUUUUGAAAGUGCAAGUGUUAGUCACUCAGUUGUGUUUGACUCUUCGGGAUCCCGUGGGCUGUAGCCCGCCAGGCUCCUCUGUCCAUGGGAUUCUCCAGGAAGAAUACUAGAGUGGGUUGCCAUUCCCUUUCUCAGGGAAUUUUCCUGACCCAGGGAUUGAACCCACAUCUCUGCUUUGCAGGCAGAUUGUUUACUGUCUGAGCCACCAGGGAAGCCCGAGGUUAUGUUUUACAUCAUCUUAAUGCACAUUUCUCACUUUAUGUUUUUUUGUUAAUGAUUUAUUACUUGCUUUUAUUUUAGACUAGGGAAAUGAUGUUAGACAAAAAGCAGAUUUGAGCGACUUUCUUACUUGAGUUCAAAAUAAGUCAUAAAUCGGCAGAGACAACUAGCAACAUCAGUGACGCAUUUGACCCAGGAACUGCUAACAAACGUACAGUGCAGUAGCCAUUCAAGAAGUUUUGUAAAGGAGACGAGAGCCUUGACAAUGAGGAGUGUGUUGGCUGGCCAUCAGAAGUUGACAGUGACCAACUGAGAGCCAUCAUCGGAGCUGAUCCUCUUACAACUACAUGAGAAGUUGCCAACGAACUCAAGUGUCAACCUUUCUACAGUUGCUAAGCAUUUGAAGCAGAUUUGAUAGGUGGUAAAGCUCGAUAAUGUAUGAGCUGACUGCAAAAAAAAAAGCAUCGUGUUUUGAAGUGUAGUCUUCACUUGUGCAACAACAACAAAUCAUUUCUCAAUCGGAUUACGACGUGACAGAAAAUGGAUUUCAUAUGACAACUGGCAAUGACCAGAUCAGUGGCUGGUGAUGACAAGAAACUUCAAAGCCCUUCCCAAAGCCAAACUUGGACCAUAAAGAGGUCAUGGUCACUUUUGGUGGUCUCCUGCCUGUCUAACCCACUAUAGCCUUAUGAAUCCUAGUGAAACGAUUACAUCUGAGAAGUAUGCUCGGCAAGUUGAUGAGAUGCACCAAAAAUUGCCUACAGCUGGCCUUGGUCAACAGAAUGGGCCAAAUUCUUCUCCCUGACAAUGCCCAACCACACAUUGCACAACCAGCGCUUCAAAAGUUGAACAAAUUGGGCCACAAAGUUUAGCCUCAUCCACCAUAUUUACCUGAACUCUUGCCAGAGACUACCACUUCUUCAAGCAUCUCAACAACUGCAGGGAGAAUGCUUCCACAACCAGUAGGAUGCAUAAAAUGCUUUCCAAGAGUUCAUCGAAUCCCAAGACAUGGAUUUUUAAUGCUACAGGAAUGACUAAACUUCUCAUUGACAAAAAUGUGUUGGUUGUAAUGAUUCCUGUUUUGAUUAAUAAAAAUGUGUUUAAGCAUA